AUGGAAAAAAGGGCAACUAAUAGGGUGAGAUUCCCACAAUUAAGUGAUGGGGAUGUUUUGCCAAACAUUAAGAAGAAAGUGGAGAAAACAAGCACUUACACAAACUACUGGGUAGUAAGGAUGUCAUUUGAGUUCAUCUUUGAAGUUAGACACAUUGAGAAUCAAGCUGAUAUGUUUUUUUUCAACUUAAAGGGCAGUGAAUGUUCAUGCAAAAAGUGGCAAUUGAUAGCUCUCCCUCGUGUUCACGCAAUUUCUGCAUUGAAGAGUAGAAGUUUAUGUAUUGAUGAUUACAUCCCAGAGUCUUAUAAGAAAUCAAGGUAUCAAGUUGUUUAUGAACCUAUCAUUUAUCCUGUUAAUGGAACCAAGUUAUGGGUUAUAACAGAGCACCCAUAUGUGCAGUCACCAAAAUUUAAAAAAAUGCCAGGAAGAUCCAAGAAGAGGAGGAACCGUGAACAAGGUGAAAUUGAUGGGACGGAUUGA